UCUUAAAUUAGUUGUAUUUUUUUAUUUCAAGAACCUGAAGAAUCAAAUCAUGACAACGAAUCUCUGGGUGGAACAGUCGUGGUACGACUACAAGUUGAAAUGGGAUCCGAAGGAGUACGGCGGAGUCGAGAUGCUGCAUGUCCCAUCAGACCACAUCUGGCGUCCAGACAUCGUCCUCUACAACAACGCCGACGGAAACUUUGAGGUGACACUGGCGACGAAGGCGACUCUCAACUAUACCGGACGUGUCGAGUGGAAGCCCCCGGCCAUAUACAAGUCCUCCUGCGAAAUCGACGUCGAGUAUUUCCCCUUUGACGAGCAGACGUGCGUCAUGAAGUUCGGUUCGUGGACGUACGAUGGAUUCCAGGUGGACUUACGGCACGUAGACGAGGUCAAAGGUUCGAACAUCGUCGACAUCGGCGUCGAUCUGACCGAAUUCUACACCUCCGUCGAAUGGGACAUCCUCGAAGUGCCAGCCGUGAGGAACGAAAAGUUCUACACGUGUUGUGACGAGCCUUACCUGGACAUCACUUUCAACAUCACGAUGCGUCGCAAGACCCUCUUCUAUACCGUCAACCUCAUCAUACCUUGCAUGGGCAUCUCAUUCCUUACCGUACUUGUGUUCUACUUGCCAUCGGACAGCGGAGAAAAGGUUAGCCUGUCAAUCUCCAUUCUGCUGUCUCUGACGGUGUUCUUCCUUUUGCUUGCCGAGAUCAUUCCACCAACUUCGCUCGUUGUGCCACUACUGGGAAAGUUCGUUCUUUUCACCAUGAUUUUGGACACCUUCAGCAUUUGCGUGACCGUUGUCGUGCUGAACGUCCACUUCCGGUCGCCGCAGACGCACGUGAUGGCGCCUUGGGUGCGCCGGGUCUUUAUCCACAUCCUGCCCAGAUUGUUGGUGAUGCGCAGACCUCACUACCAGCUGGACAGAAGGAGAUUAACGCAAUCGAGUCUCAGGGUUAUGGUGAGGACGUGCAACGGCCUCGAACUUCGAGAUCAGGACGUCUACCACGACCUCAGCGAGGACGCCUCCGGUCUGUUCCCAAGCGCCAGCUCCAGGGACGAACUGACGCCCAGGGAGUUGGAACCGGGAGCGUUGAAUGCGUGCCGCAUCCACGGAGCGACUCCACCGCCUCCCGUCUGCUUGGGCGCAGUCUUGGGACACGACUGCUUGGAGGAAGCUCUUUGCGCUGCCGAAGCCACCCAUCCUUGGCACCAAUGCCCAGAAGUUCACAAGGCUAUCGACGGCGUCCGCUUCAUAGCGGACCACACGAGAAGAGAGGAAGAUUCCACCAGGGUGAAGGAGGAUUGGAAGUACGUCGCUAUGGUUCUGGACAGACUGUUCCUGUGGAUCUUCACUCUCGCAGUCCUCGUUGGGACAGCAGGAAUAAUCCUCCAAGCUCCUACCUUGUACGAUGAUCGCAUCCCGAUCGACGUACGUCUCAGCGAGAUCGCCUCGACCACGGCCAAACCUCACAUCGCAUCCACACUUUAAGAGAUCAAGAGUGUUUGUCUGUCUGCUGACGAAGAAUACAACCGGAAAGAAGACAAAAUAGGAAUUGAUUUUUACAAAACAAAACUGAAUUUAUCAUAUAUAUAUAUUACACUUAGCAACGCGGCGCGAAUAUUACGAUAUGAUGACCAGAGAAGAAACAAACACAUUAGACACGUCAUUGCUUGUUUUCAAUUUUUCGUUCGGAUCGUUGAUGUUUUUUUUUUGCACAAAAUUUUAUUAUAAACAGAAGAAAUGAUUCGGAUACUUACUGAACAUUCGUAAUACGGAAGCACCUCGACUUUUAACAACAAAAAAAAACAACAAAAAAUAUGUUUAAAGACGCGAUCGACGCGAUACUUGCUCACGAUUUAGUAACAAUGUAAUAAGGAUAAAUUUUAAAAAGGAAGUGAAAAUUUAAGAAAAGAGAUUUUUA